CGUGUGGCUGCGGCUUUGUUGUUUUCUAUCUACUGCGAGUACGGAGUGGUCUUUGUGCGCAUUUUCGAGUAACGUAAAUGUCGUAAAUUACUUAUAUUUUACUUAAUUACGCACAUAAUUGAUCACGAGGACGAGUCUUCUAGACCUGCAGUUCCAUUGGACAGUUCAAUUAUUGUUUAUGUAAUUAUUUCGGCGCGUCGAUGAGAUCAGUAGAAUUUUAAAGGUUAUAUGGUAAUCAUACUGAAGAAAUAAAUGAUUUUCUUCUGGUAAAAAAAUAGAAACUAAUAUGGAUUUAAAUUCAUUGGAAGAUCCUCACAAUUCUACUUGUUACAUAAGUAGUCAAUUAAAUGUUAACAAUAGCACAAAUGAUAUAAAAGUUGACAAAUUAAAUGAAUCACCUUCAACUGAAGUACAAGAACAAAGCAAAACUGAACAAUUUAAAAUUGUUGAAAUAUCUGAACAUCUGMCAGUGGAGCAAAUUAUUGCAACUGCUUCCAUUAUAAAUGCAGCAUCCAAAAUAAAUGAAAAAACUGUAGAUCCUCACAACAUAAGUAGUUCAUUGGAUAACAAAAGUAGUAAAAGUGGUGUAGGAGUUACCAGAUUAAAUGAAUCUUCUUUAACUAAAGUACAAGCACAAAAAAAAACUGAAAAUGUUAAUAUUGUUGAAAUAUCUAAACAACAAAUGCCAAUAAAGCAUGUUAUUCCAACUGCUUCCAUUAUAAAUGUCGCACCUAAAAUAAAUGAAAAAACUGUAGAUCCUCAAAACAUAAGUAUUUCAUUUAAUAAUAACAGUAGCACAAGUGGUAAAGAAGUUACCAAAUUAAAUGAAUCUACUUUAACUAAAGUUCAAGAACAAAAAAUAACUGAAAAUGUUAAAAUUGUUGAAAUAUCUAGACAACACRUGCCAAUAAAGCAUGUUAUUCCAACUGCUUCUAAAAUAAAUGAAAAAUACAUAAAUCCUCAAAACAUAAGUAUUUCAAUUGAUAACAACAGUAGUAAAAGUGGUAUAGGAGUUAUCAAAUUAAAUGAAUUUUCUUCAGCUAAAGUACAAGAACAAAAAAAAACUGAAAAUGUUAAAAUUGUUGAAGUAUCUAAACAACAAAUGCCAAUAAAGCAUGUUAUUCCAACUGCUUCCAUUAUAAAUGUCGCACCUAAAAUAAAUGAAAAAACUGUAGAUCCUCACAACAUAAGUAGUUCAUUGGAUAACAAAAGUAAUACAAGUGGUAUAGGAGUUACCAAAUUAAAUGAAUCUUCUUCAGCUAAGGUACAAGAACAAAAAAAAACUGAAAAUGUUAGAAUUGUUGAAAUAUCUAAACAACAACAGGUGCCAGUAAAGCAAAUUAUUGCAACUGCUUCUAUAAUAAAUUCACCUAAAGUAAAUGAAAAAAAUAUAGAUGCUCGAAACAAAAAUAGUUCAUUGAAUAACAGGAGUGGUAUAGAAUUAACUAAAUUAAAUGAAUUUACUUUAACUAAAGUACAAGAACAAAAGAAAACUGAUAAUGUUAAAAUUGUUGAUAAUAAUAAUGUUGAAAUAUCUAAACAACGGGGGGUGCCAUUAACAAAAAUGAUUGCAACUACUUUUCUUAUAAAUGCACCUAAGAAAAAUGAAAACAAUAUAGAUCCUCAUAAUUCCCAUCGUGACUUAGGCAGUUUAUUGAACAAUAACAAUAGUACUCAUGGUAUAGAAAUCACCAAAUUAAAUAAAUUGAAUUCAAAUAAUGUACAAGAGCAAAACAAAACGGUACAUUUUAAAACUGUUGAUAAAAAUGAUAUUAAAAUAUCUAACCAACAAAUGCCGUUAAAGAAAAUGAUUGCAACUACAUUCGUAUUAAACGCACCUAAAAAAAAUGAAAAUAAUGUAUAUUUAAGACCUAACAAUUUUCCUUUAAAUUUAGAAAAAAUCGCUGUUCCAAAAACAGUUCUUUCUAAUAUCAAAUUAAUUCCUCCAACUUCGUCUAGCCAAAUUCAAAAACCAUCAACAAUAUCUUUAAUGCCCGCAACUACACUCAUCAAUCCAAAAACUACAAUUAUUACAAGGUUACAACCCAAGUUAUAUCCUGGUGAAAUAACUAAUAAUAAAAAUGUUCCAACAUUGAAACCUGGGUUCAAAAUAAUAUCUUCAAAUGACCCAAAUUCUAAAAUGUUUAUACUUCCGCAAGGAGUUAAUUAUGUAAUAAAAACAUUAAAUAAAGAAGAAGUCAAAAACCAAUCAUUACCAARUUUUAGUUCUCCGCCAACUAUAUUAAAACCAGUAAAUUCUAUAAUACCAAUAACGGUUGCUGAAAAAUUUAAUACAAUCGAAAAACCAAAAACACAAAAUGAGAAUUCAAAAUUUGUUAUUCGCUGGAAAGAAUUUCAGAAUCAAAGAUACGAAGCUCUACCAAAUGAUGAAAACAUGACUAAUAAAGAUGUCAAACAUUUAUUCAAAUCAAACACACAUUUUGAAUUACUAUUUCCAUGUUCAUCAAAGGCAUUUGUUAGAAAUCAGAAAAGAAGACUUAAACCUCAUACAGAUACACCAAAGUCUAAAWUAAUUAAAAUCGCAGAUACUUCAGAAUCUUACCAUGUUCAACCAAAAAUAACAUUCAAAACAUCAGCAUUAAAUGAAAUUAAAAAUUCAAUGGAUUUUUGUGGUACUAGUGAAGAGAAAAAAUGUAUACCCCAUACUAUUACAAGUAAAGAUGUAAUUGAUAAUCAUACAAACGUGGCUAUUGAAAAUAAUAAGUCCAAAUUAAAUACUGGUGUCAUGAAAAAGUUUUGCCCUUCGUCUGGAUUUAUUCAAAUGUCAUCAACACCUGAAUCUUCAACACUCAAAACAUAUAGUCAAUCAAUAACUGUUAAAAAAUAUGGUAAUUUUUCUAAAAAUGAAUUAAGCACUGUAAGAUUGGUACCUUUAAGUGCAAUUAAUCAAACACAAACAAAAGGAGAUGGUAAACAAUUAUUUAUAAAAAUUUUGAAGAAUAAUGGUAGUACUCCCAAUGGUAAUAUUGCUAAAGUUUCUACUGAUAAAAUAAUGAAAGUAAUUCCCACCAAAGUUUAUGCGCCACAAAAUCCAAAGAUUAAUGUAGCAGCUAAAGAAAAUCUAAAGAAAAUUCCAUUGUCAAAACCAAAUACCAUGAAAAUUCCAUUGUCAAAACCAAUUACCAUGAAAAUACCACUGUCAAAACCAAAUACCGUCAAAUUUCUUUUGCCAAAAGAAAUUAAAAAAGAAGUUGAAGAUCCAGCUUAUAGUGAUAAACGUCCAUUUGCUUAUUGUCAAUAUGAAUAUUGUGGAAUACUAAUAAAUGAAGCUGAAAUGAUAGACAAUUUGUAUUGUAGCUUGGUAUGUAAAAAGUUAGAUACCAAACUAAAGUUAGCUACAGAAAAGCCUGUUACCAUACCAGAACCACCAGAAGAAACACAAAAAAAACCAGUAAUUGAUCGAAAAAUGCUCUUAGCUAAAUUAAAAAGUAGAAUUAAUAAAAGAAAGCAAAGUUUACCAUCAUUCCAAAAAGAAAAUGAAGCUCAUCAAACCGAUUUAAAUAAAAAUGACAAGCUUGAUAAUGAGACCUGCCAGAUGCCAGCACCAAUACCAAUAACUGUAAAACAAUCUUUUGAAAAAUCACAAAAUAAAAGAAAAUCUUCAAGAUCAAAUGAAUCUACAUCAAUUGGUAAAUUAGAAAAUGCAAAAAUAUUGAGCUAUUUGGAACAUACUGAUUACAUACCUGCUCCAAAAAAAUUGUUUGAUAAUCCUUUUCCAUAUGAAUGUAAUCCUUUUAAAGUUGGACAAAGAUUAGAAGGUAUCGACCCAGAACAUGAAGCAUUAUUUUGUGUAAUGACUGUAGUAGAAGUUGUUGGAUAUCGUAUUAAGCUACAUUUUGAUGGCUACUCGGAUAUACAUGAUUUUUGGACAAAUGCAAAUUGUCCCGAUUUGUUUUAUCCUAGAUGGUGUGAACAAAACUCUCGCAUUUUACAACCACCUAAAAAUUACAAACUUCAAUUCAAUUGGACCGAUUACCUUAGAAUGCCCGGUGUUAUGCCUGCUCCAAAAUGGAAUUUUCCAAGUGCAAUAUAUAUUGUUAAUCGUAAUAUAGAACACUUAUUUCGUGUUGGGGCUAAAUUAGAAGCUUUAGAUAAAUUAACCCGUACACUACCAAAACAGCUUAUAUGUGUUGCUACUGUUGCUGAUAUAUUGGGAAAUCGUAUACGUAUUCAUUUUGAUGGUUGGACAGAUGAUUUUGAUUAUUGGGUGGAUAUCACAUCAACUAAUAUACAUCCAGUUGGAUGGUGUGACAAAAAUGGUCGAACUUUAUGCCCACCUAGUGGUUACGAUAAUUGUAAAGGGAAAAAACCUUUUUCUUGGCCUGUGUACUUACAAGAAACUAAUAGUGAACCUGUGCCAGAAGAUGCAUUUGUUCGUAGACCAUUACGAGAAUUUACCAAUAGCAUGGCAAUUGAAGUAGUUGAUAUUGCUAAUCCUUCAUUAAUAAGAAUUGCUAAAGUAGUAGAUGUUAAAGGAGAUGAACUUAAAAUACUUUAUGAUGGAUUUGAUUCCAUCUAUGCAUACUGGAUUGAAGACGAUAGUCCAAAUAUUCAUCCACUUGGAUGGUGUUUAAAAACUAACCAUCCAAUUGAAUUAUUUAAAGUAAACGCAAUACUUUGGAGUUGCAGAGUUCCUGGUUGUAAUGGUAAAGGCAAUACAAAUAGUUCCAAAACUACUCAUGUAUUUGCCAAAGAUUGUCCAUAUGAAUUUGAGUCUUGGAAAAAAUCAAUCUCUGGGUUGACAGAUAUUCCUGAUAGAUUAAAACCUGUUGAAAUUCCAAUUUCAGUUGCUAGUUGUUCAAAAUCUGCAAGUAUUGCACCUCAAGAGAAUAAGAAAAAACAAAAAUCUAAGUUAAAUAAAACAAAAAGUUAUAACAUAAACAAACCUAAAAAAAGAACCAAUAACAAGUUGAAAAAUAAUUUUAAAAAGAAGAUACCAAGUGGUCGUUCUAAAACUGUUUAUUCAAGAGCUGUUGAGGCAAAGAAUGAAUUAGAAAAUAUUAAGGGCGUUAAUGAUUAUACGAGCUAUGGUUAUGGCUCUUUUAAACUCCCAAGACUUAAUGUAUGGAACAGGCAUUAUGUUCUUCGAGGUAUACCAAUAUUUAGUAUUUCUGAUGUGAGAAAAUGGACUGUCAAAGAAGUAGCUACUUUUGUUGAAAGAGUAGUAUCUAAUAAUUACACAGACGAUAAUCCCUCUGAACGAAUAARACUUUCUAAACCUUUUCUAAAUCAGGAGAUUGAUGGUGAGGUAUUUUUAAUGUUAACUCAAAAAGAUUUGACAAGUAUAUUAAACAUUCCUCUUGGACCAGCAUUAAAAUUGCACAACGCCAUUGUAGUGUUAAGACAAAAAAUUUCUGCAUUUGAUGUUGCAAAUGGACUGUUGUAAACCAAAAAAUAAGUUGUACUAAUUUUAUUUCAUUUCUCAUUUUGUAUUUUAUUACUUUUUUAAUUUAAAAAUGUUUAGUAUUGCGCAUUUUAAUUUUAAAAUGUUAAGCAUUGUAUUGUAUUGUGCAUUUUAAUUUGAUACCUUUUUCUUUUUAAGAGUUUAUGUGUUCCUCACGGUUAAUAAUAGUAACUAUAGUAUUUUUAUGUUGUAUAAAAUAUGUAUAUGAAUAUUACAAAAUAAAAACUUWAGUAAA